AUGAAGGAAAGCUCUAUGCCUGCCUAUCGAAUAGCAGUACACCUAGAUUUCCCAGAUCUUGAAUCCGCUGCAAUUGCCGCACGUACUUUGUCAGUAGACCCUCCUCCCCCACGAUCUUCAGUGACGCAAACCUUUCGGCAGGAGGAGCGGACACUCGUCUGCGAGUGUGUCGCUCCCCUGAGUGAUGGUACUACUAAACAUGACGCCGCACAACUUGGAAAGUUGCGAAUCGCCGCUCGUGCUGUCGUGGAUUUGGCUUGUCUCGUAUUAGAAACAGUUGAGGCUUUCAAGCCUGUCUAAGACGCCGCUCUCGAGCGUCAUCACAAGGAACAAGAAGAGUUGCGCGAACGCGAUGAACGCGAACGGCGACGACGUGUUGACCGCGAGAAAGAGUUACUGGCUGCCAAUGUCAAAAGUCCAACACAACUUGAAAAUCCAAAACCCGAAGUCACCGAAACCGUCGCCAUGGAAGAAGCCAAUGGCGAUGCUACAGUCGAUCCUAAUCCAGCAACAGAAGCGAAACCGGAAUUAGAGAAGGCCGAUUUACCGAAACCGAUCAAGGUGGGCGGAGGCGAUUCAGACGAUGAAGAUGAACAGGCCAAAGGCAAGAUCCGCCCGAACGAGGGCAACGGUGCAGACCUUCCAAACUAUCGCUGGUAUCAGACACUGGGCGAGGUUGAUAUAAAAGUCCCUACCAAGCUUUCCAAACGCAUACGAUGUAAAGACGUGGUGGUGGAAAUCUCGCGAAAACAUUUGAAGGUUGGUUUGAAGAAUCAGCCCCCAAUCUUGUGCGGAGACCUGUACAACGAAGUCAAGGUCGAAGAGUGCUCUUGGAUGCUUGAAGACGGCUUAAUCAUCUCAAUCAGUCUUGAGAAAAUCAAUAAAAUGGAAUGGUGGCCACGAAUUUGUGAUGGAGAGCCGGAGAUCAACACACGCAAGGUUCAGCCGGAGAACUCCAAGUUGUCUGAUCUGGAUGGUGAGACACGAUCGAUGGUGGAGAAGAUGAUGUACGACCAACGACAACGAGAAAUGGGUUUGCCCACAUCGGAGGAUCAGAAGAAACAGGAGAUGUUGAAGAAAUUCAUGGCUGCUCAUCCUGAAAUGGACUUUUCCAAGUGUAAAUUCUCCUAAUGGUUGUGUGUGCUGCGCCCUUUGUGAACCUGGUUGGCUCGUUAUGAUUCAAUAAAUAUUCUUCGUAAAUGCAAAAAGUG